AUGGCCUUCUUCUUCGGCGCCGUGGCUCCCGGCCCCCAGUCAAGCAAUGCAUACCCCAGUCGAACCGGGUUUGAAACAAUUCCUGUUCGGCAUGCUUGCCAUGCCCCCAGUGUCCUGUUUGCGAAGGAUGACCUUCAGAAAUGGGUCACAAUUAUUGCCCUUGUCACAACUAGUUUGGGGGCCGUGGUGCACCUGUGCGUGCUCCUCGGAUACUUGUACAAACUCAGGAAAAAUCGCAAGGAGAAAGCCCUCGUAAAGAGGGUGAGAGCUCUAGAAAUCCGGAUGAGUAAGGUAGAUGGCGAGCUGGAUUCGCCAAGCACUUGGAGUACCCGGGCUUUCCGAGCCUCUGGCAUUGAACUCCAGCAAUAUGGAGAUGAUACUUUGCCUGUGCAUCGAGGCCAGGCCCAAAUUUAG